AAGUUGAUUCAGCUCGGCAUUUUGAUUUGUGCAAUGAAGCAAAUAUAGUGUGACUAAUGCUUUAAUAGUUACUUAGUGGCUUUUGAGAGUGCAUCCAAGUUGUGGGCUGAGGCUUUGCAUUCGUGCGUGCGUCUGGCACACUGCACUGAAAACUCUUUCCUGGAGAAGAAAAGCUCAUGCAAAAGUGUGCAGGAUCAUACGUGGUCUAUGCCAAAUUUGACCCCCAGGAAGGCUGCAACUGCAAGGGGAAGACAAGGAAGUUGACUCAACGAAUCAAGUGGUAGAAGGAUCCAGUCCUAGUGGAUGUAAACUACAUCUUUCUUUGCACCCUGGCUGCAUAUUUCUCAACAUUGCGCAUUUGUAUACGACCUGCAAGCCAGACAGUCCACGAUAUUUCGUCUGAUUAAAUGCAUUGAUUAAAGCAACAUUAAUGGCUAUUUAAUUGCUGAUUUGAAACCAAUGGAAUGAUUUCAUCUUUCACAUGACUUUCCAUUUAUCAAUAGGGCUGUUGAAAUCUCAUUUGUUACUGCGGGCAAUAACACUUGCACGCCUUGCCGAAAAUGUGAGCAUUUGGAUUUGAUUUCACCAAGAAGGGAAAAAUGUGUCGGUGGAAUGAAGUUAACAUGAACACUUCGAAUAGUCUGCGAUGGUAACCGGGGAAUGUGGAACGACCAUGCAUCGAAUUCUGCAGAGGAGAAAAGUGCGCAAACUUCGCUUCGUCUGGGCAUUCAUGGCGAUGGUGGCUCUGUCGCUCGCCGCCUGCAGCGCACUAUUUACGGCGUGGACCUGGAGACAGACGCUGGACCUGUCCCAGUCCGUUAAAACUCUGCAAGACCGAUUGGAGCAAGUAAGUAGCCAUGCUAUGUAAUUAUUAUUAAUUUUUUUUUUAAAUAUAUAUAAAAUUUUACGAAGUCACUUUGCAUUGCAUGUGUUCCACACUAUCAUCGGUUAUUUUUUCCAUAAUAACAAUUUUAAGCUGUUGAAGUGACUGUUACACAACUUAUUUGUCUCUGCUGACCGAUGGUUACGGGAACCCUCUUGGGGGGCACGGGAAAUGCAAAGCCACAUUAAUUCCCCCCUCCUUUACCCCCAAUCCUUGUGGCGUUAAAUUGUACCCAAAUAGCAGGCCGCUUCUCUGCUGGUGUCCUGCGCAUUCUGCGGACUGCUCUAGAGGCAGUUUUAUUGCUUACAAAUAAGUGCGCUCAAGCCGUGGAGUUAUUGCUUAUAGUUCCUCUGCCAAGUUUAAUCGUUCUACUGCCAGUUGUGUUCCAAUUUUAGCCCAAUUUACUGGAAUCCGUUGAAUUCUUGGCUCGAGCGCGCAUUAUAGCCAACUGACUUUGCACUGAACUGAAGCACUGAGCUGCGUAAAACAGAGUAGACCUAAUUGUGGUUAAGCGAUUUGCAACAUGUAAAGCCUACUAAUUGCAGGUAGGCUAGGCUACCACAGGUGGAAUAAUUCUGCAGGCCGAAGUAAGGCUUUCAAAUGCGUAUUACACUUUAAUGCACCAAUUAUUUAUAUACAUAAUUGUAAUGCAUACUGUAUGACAUCGUAACAAUGCACCAUGCACUGGACUUUUAACAUGAGUGGCUGAUCUUUUAAUUCAUUCAAAACUCAUCCUUAUGAAGAAUAUAUUAUGCAUGUGCAUCCUCAAAUAGCCUACUCAUGCACUUAAUACUCAUGCACUCAAUCUCACUCAUGGUACGUCUGACAGUAGGCUACCAGUGACCUGACUCUGCCCAUCUGUUGAUCCUUUUUGCAAGCACUCAAUGAGCCGGCCUGGAACAGUUCAAUUCCCCAGUGAAUUUAACCUUGAGUCCAGGCAGACUUCCUGAGUAUAUCAAAACCACUCCAUAGGCUACACACAGACACAGUAGCUGUAUAUUGAAACCUACCUCCUCCUCUUUGGCAUAUAUAUGGUAGGCCCCAGUACUUCAUAAAGUACGAGUUAACUUUGCUGGCUUGACACAUUUUAGCACAGUGUUUUUUUUCUUCCUGCUUCUCAGUCUCAGCAGGGGAGUUAAGAAAUGCGAGGAAUGCGGGGCAUUAAAAACACGCAUUAGUUGUCACAACCGGUUUAGGAGGAAGUGGUUGACCUAUUCUAAGCCUUGGAGUUGCAGCGGGAUACUGCCAGAUACUGGAAGACUGUUUGUUUAUGUGGUUUCGCUGAAAUCUUUUGUCUGUGUAAAUUUGCAGCGGGAGCCAAUUUGAAGACUCAAUGGUCUCUCUGACGGUUCCAUUCUCUCUCUCUCUCUCUCUCUCUCUCUCUCUCUCUCUCUCUCUCUCUCUCUCUCUCUCUCUCUCUCUCUCUGUCUCCCUCUGUGCAACAGGUGAAUACUCAGCGCAAGGCCAUUGUCCAACUCAUCAUGGAGAAGAGAGAGUUGCUGGUGGGGCAAAGGGUGAAAAGAGAUGGUACAUGCCUGUGUGUGUGCGUGUGUGCUGGCGUGCCUGCAUGCUGAGGUGUGUGUGAGAGACUGUUUGAGACUAUGUCUGUGUGCAUGCAGGCAAACAAAGGAUCCAAAUAGCACUACACCUCAAUUACACUCUACUACAGACAAUGCCUCUUUCACUGCAUCCCCAUCAUCAUACAUGCAAUACAUAAUCAACAAUAACCAAACAGAUAAGAUAGAUCUCAUUGAUGGUGCUCUGCUCUGUGUUUUUGCGUAGCCAGAGCAGCAUUUAACUACAGCGGCCAGACCAGGGGAAUCUUGGCUCUGCAUGGCACCUUGGUUAGACCCUGUGGUCACUUGCUGCCCGCUGCUAAAAGUCGACACAGGAAACAGUAGGCAGCUGGAUGGCUGAUGCAGAAAUUACAGGUCUGCUCUGGACUGACGAGAACCCGGAGAAACCAUCUGGCAAGAGGAGGAAGAGAAUGUCGCACGCUUCAGGGACCUAAAGCGAUUUAGCCCCUGACGAGACUGACAACAGCUAUGAUUUGUUGAGAAAGAUUGAGUGGAUUGGCAAUUUUUUGAUGAUUAAGCAGUGGAUUAUAUAUCUGCUAGGUAGUGCACAUGUCAUCUCUGAAUAGUGUGUGUUGUGAAAUAAUGCUGAGGAUGGCUGAUAGUAACAUUGGGCUGAAUUCGUUAGGAGUAAUACUCAAGACAUAAAGACGUCCUCCAGUGAUUUAGGAACUUUUCUUGUUGAGUAUAACUACAGUAUAAGAUAGUGAAUACAGUACAAGUACACACACUAAAGGGUAAAAAAAUAUGUUUUGAGCAAAAUAGUGUUUUUUUAGACAAAACUGCAAACUUCAAGGAGUAGUAGGGAAGUUGUGAUAUUAUUAUUGUGAUGUCAUCGGCCUCCCCCUUGCUUGAGGAACAAUAGAGGAGCAAUACAGAACAAAAGAGGAAAUCCCCCCACACUUGUGCUAUGUCAUUUUUUAUUUUUUUGUCAUUUAGCUGACGCUCUUAUCCAGAGCGACUUACAUUAUUUAUUUUUAAUACACCGUGGGAAUCGAACCCACAACCCUGGCGUUGCAAACGCCAUGCUCUAUCAACUGAGCUACAUCCCUGCCGGCCAUUUCCUCCCCUACCCUAGACGACGCUGGGCCAAUUGUGCGCCGCCCCAUUGGUCUCCCGGUCACGGCCGGCUACGACAGAGCCUGGAUUCGAACCAGGAUCUCUAGUGGCACAGCUAGCACUGCGAUGCAGUGCCUUAGACCACUGCGCCACUCGGGAGACAAUGACUUACCUGGACCACUUAUUGAGAUGUGCCUUUUGUUAAGUAAAUCGUGUUGAAUUCGGUGAAAAGGAGACUGGAGUUGAUGUUCAGUUCAGAAGCAAGAUAUAUCAAAUAGUAUCCCCAAAUGGGCCAAAUGAUGAAUGGCUUAAAUUCCCAACAUUACAGUUAUAUGUGAACUUAGUUUUUGAUUGACAGCAUACCAAAAAAGCUAUCACUUGAGGCUCACCAAUAGAAAUAGUCUAGUAGUCAUAGUAAUAAGUAGUCAUAAUAGUCAUUUCAGCAGGGGCACAAUGUUCGCUAGUUAAGUGGCACCCCAGUGUUCAAUGUUUGCUGUUCCCCCCCCCCCCCCCCCCAACAUAACUGAUCCUAUAGUGAAUACCUUCUGUGUGUUUGUGUGAGUGAGUGAGUGAGUGAGUGUGUGUGUGUGUGUGUGUGUGUGUGUGUGUGUGUGUGUGUGUGUGUGUGUGUGUGUGUGUAAAUUUCAGUUCAGAUACAACAGCCGACAUGAGAAGAGAUAAAUCUAGCUAGUUUUGUUGUGUUGUACCACAGCUGACUGAAAGACAGGUCAUUCAGAUCAAGAAGAUGAGACAUGCAGUUGAGAGCGUUUCCACGGUAACAGUGCCUCUUUACAAUGACUUGAUAAAACGAUGAAACAAAUUGGCAACUUGUUGUAGCAAGGUGUUGUAGCAAACAAGUGUCAUGAAAUACAUGCACCAAAAACAUGGUACACUUUGUUACUUGUCAGAUAAAUAUCAGCAAGCUAGGCUAGCUAUGUGCAGCAAAAUAGCUAGGUAGCUCUCUGCUUGGUGAGCUAGCUAGCUGCUUGGCUGAACACAGAACGUUAGCGCACUUUUCUCUGAUUGGCUAAAUGGAUCCGUCCCUUCGCAAGACUUUAGCUAAAGAUUUGACAUGUUGAAUCUUGGAAACUCCAGCCGAUGAUAUGAGACGUCCUAAAACUAGACCGUUCAGAUCAAACAAACUUAGAUCUAAAACUCCAUAAGACCAUCACGUUGCGUCUCGUCUUAUGUAUCUGAAAUGGGCUUAAGGCCUAGAAUCACUCCCUGCAGGCCUGAUACUGAAGCUAAAACAAACCUCUGGAGAACAACAAGGCCUGUCUUACCCCUCUCUCUUCCUCUUGCCCCCUCUCUCCCCCCUCUCCCCCAGUUUUCAAUAUAUAUUUUAUUUAUUGUAUUUAUUUGAACGGUGGCCAUGGCUGUUGCUCUUGCCUGUUUUUCCUGACAGGACCUUUUCAGUUCAUUUGGGUCAUAGAACAGCCAAAGACCUCUCUCCAUCUCUUUUUUGCUCUAUCUUUCCCCCCUCUCUCUGUCUCCCUCAGCUGUCUUCUGUCUCUCUCUCUUACGUUCUCUCUCUCUCCUUCUGUGUCCCUCUCUAUCGUCCCCCUCUGUGUGCCUCUCUCUCCCUCCAUCGAUCUCUCUUUCUCUCUCUCCCUCCAUCAAUCUUUCGCUCUCUCUCCCUUUCUUACCCUCUUCUCUCGUACUCUACUCCAGCUGGCACAGAAAGCAGUGAGAACAGACAGAGAAAAGUAGGCUACACUUACUGAGAACAAUAAGUAAAAAAGGACAGAUAUCAGAACAGAGCAGGAGGAACGGAGAAAGGAAAUCCUUCUACAUCUGUUAGAGCCGGUUGAGUAUUCCGGUGGUGGAUAAAUGACUGCAAAUGAAUACAUUAUGGUCGCCACAACACACACCACAGCUGUGACCAAUUAUAUUAUCUCCCCUACAUACCUCUGAAUAGUUUUUGUCUGUCGUAUUAAUUCAUAUUAUUUCUUGCUUCUUCCCUCUGCAAGGGGGAACUGGGAAAGGGAAGAAUGGAAAUGGAAAGAAAGUGGCUUCUCAGUUUGAGAGUAAGUGACUUGGCAGAUCCUCAUCAAAGGUUGUGUCCGAAAUAGCACCCUUUUCCCUAUGGACCCUGGUCAGAAGUAGUGCACUAUAAUGGUUUAGGGUGCCAUUUCGGACGUACACAAAGUGUUAUAAUGUAGCAUCUGUUCAAGUGGUAUCAAUCGGACACCCUAUACGAUUACAGUUAUAAAAUCUUAAUGACCCUUUUCCCUCUCUCUCUUUCCACUAGUAACCAAAGAGUCUGUUCAGAAAGGUAAGCUUUAUGAACGUGGAUGAUGACAAUUAUUAUGGAAAAGGGUCUUCUGGGUUUCUGGAAUUGGUUUCGUAAGAUCACUGUCCCCCAUGACAAUGAUACAAACUGUACAAAAUCGACCCUACACACACAAACCUACAGUAUAAAGAAAGAGAAAAAAUAUGCUGCAAUAUUUAUGUCAAUGAGUGCAAUGGUUCCUCCCCCUCAACAUGUGUGUGUGUUUCAGUGGGAGAGGACGGCUUGAUAAAGGGAUGGACGGACUCAGAGCAGUUGAAUAUGAGCAAGGCGGUGAAGUACAACACAGACAGAGGCACCUUCACAGUGGAGAGAGCUGGAGUCUACUUCCUGUACUGUCAGGUGAGCCUCUGGGAGUUGUAGUCCUGUGCCACCUGUCAUCCCAAACUAUAAAACUACCCCUGUCAAACAACACAGGCUCAAUCAAACCCUGAUUGACCCCCAUUGGUCUGUUCUUCUUCUUCUUCUUCUUCUUCUUUUUCUUCUUCUUCUUCUUCUUCUUCUUCUUCUUCUUUUCCAUCUCUCUCUCUCCCUCCAUCCCUCUCACAGGUGUUGUUCAAUGAGAAUCAGUCUCAGCUGGUGAAGUUGGACGUGGUGGUUGUGAAGAGGGGCCAGCCGCUACAGAAGCUGCAGUGCAUGGAGGGCUACGGGACUACGCCUGCAGCCGGAUCCCACCAGUUCCACUUUCUCAAACCCUGCCAGGUGUCUGGCCUGCUGCGGCUAGAGAAGGGGGCGGAGCUACAGGCCAUCACAGGCGCCGGCUUCAGCCUCCACAUCACGGGGAAGCACUACUUCAGCCUCUUCAAGGUCAACUGAGCUGCCGGAGAGGAUGGAAAUAUUGGAAGGAUGGAGGGGGUGGAACUUGGUUGAAGGAAGCGUUUUGUCCUACUCCGACCUGUAUUAAUGAGACACGCCAACGUGACAUUCCGCAUUUGUUUUAUUGUGAAAUCUGGACCAACGAGCUGGAGCAUUGGAAUAACUAUGGAUUAUGUUAGCUACAGACACUCUGUAUCAGAUGAGGCUGGUGGGAGGAGCUAUAG